UCGGCCAUUUUGAUAUCUUGUCUGGACGCUUCUUCCGUCGUGUCUGUUUCUUGUUAUCGUUUUAAAGCCGUUUUUGUCAUCUCCCUUCUCCGUCAUGUCAAAUUUUGGCGACAGUGAAGCGGAGGAAGAUUCGCUGGAUGAAAGUCUGUCGAACAAAAGCGACGAUGAGGAAGACGAAGACGGAGAAGAAGAAGAUGGAGGAGAGGCUAUGAACGACGAUGCGAACGAUAUUAUAAAUGACGAAGAAGAAGAAAGUGGCGGCGAAGAAGAAGAGGCGGAGGCUCAUCAUCAUCAUAGAAAAAGACCAAAAGGUACAAUAAAUACGUUAAGCUGUCCUCAAAGUUUCCCGGAAAGUAUUCUUUAUUGUGUCGAAGCGUAUUCAGCUGUGCUGAUUAAACUUUCGUUGUGAUUGUUACAGAAGAUGACGACCUGGACGAAGAAGAUUUGUCUUUGAUCGAAGAAAACCUAGGCAUUAGUAUAAAGCGGGUAAGAAGAUUAAGUACUGUAAAUUUAUGUUGAAAGUGUCUUAUGGAGUCGAGAAACUGUAUUUUUCUUGAAUAAACUACACCGUAGGUAUCAUGCUUUGUCAACAAUUCUGGCACUCGAUCCUUGAAACACUUACACAAACAAUAACUCCAGUUCAAGGACACUUCAUCGCUGGCAUAAUGAUACCUGUGCUAUACAGCAAAUCUCUGUUCUGUGAUUUUAGAAAAAACCUCGGUUGAAGAAAGUGAAAUUGCUUGACUCAGAUGAAGAAGAGGAGGACCAGGAUGACAGAGAAGCAAUUGCAAAUGAACUUUUUGAGGGGGAUGAGGAUACACCUGAGGUAAUUUGAUUAAAUGUUUUUCAUAUUGAGUUGGAUACAAAUAGUUCACAUUCGUUUCCAUACAAAGUUGUUUCGAUACAAGACAUUUCGAUACAAGCUUAUUCAGUCAAGGUGUAAAUAGUUCCACUUCCUUGGCUGAAAGAAAGAAGAAUAUUCACGAAAUGAUAUUUUUCUCGCUCAUGUGCAAACUACACAUAUACGUGAAGUGAACAAAAUUUUUGUGCAAUUUUACUGCUUGAGUUUGCAUCAAAACCACUUGUAUUGAAAUGAUUUUGUGUCAAAAGCAAACUAUCCAACUAGAGAAAAAACUAUCCAAUCAGAGAAUUCACCUGUCCGAUAUAUCACAGGUUAAGUCUGGUCUGAGGUUCAAUCACUAUUGAAGUAGUUAAAUUUGUCCUCUUUCCCCCUUAGUAAGUGUUUAAUCUAAGAAAUAAAUUCGUGCACUCUUUGUCAAAAUUUUAAUAAUUUCUCGAGCCUUUAGGUGAGGGAAAUUAUCAGAAUUAGAAGUUAUUUUCUAAUUCCACCUACUAUUUGAUUACCAGAUAACAUCAUGGUUGACAAAUUACUCUUACAGUAAAUUAUUGUGAGUGUGUUAUUUGUUUAUUCAGGGCUCGAGAUUUAAAAAAAAGUGAAGUCGCAUUUUUGCGACCAGUUAAGAAAAGUUAGUCGCAAAUUCUCAAAAUUUAGUCGCAAAGCAUAAGUUAAUUAUUAAUAAGUACUUUGACUACUAAAUUAAUAACUCUUUGAUUUCAGCAGCUUUUAUUCAUUUUUAAUGAUGUCUGAAAAACAGUUUCUGAAUUACUUUGACGGCACAAUCAAGAUCAUAAAUUACAACAUUCAAUCGAUUUUGAAAACGUACAGUCCACACAAAUAAUCCUGUUAAAUGAUAAUUUGCACUCAAGUUAAAAUUCAAAAAAAUGAAACAAUCAUUAAUCUUGUCGUCUCUUAACGAUAUGAAAUCCCCGUAAUGUUUCCCCUCGCUAAAUACACCAAGCUCUAAAUUAUUAAACAUGCUUACAGAAAUAGCGCAAAGCUUGUGUAUACAUUGACAUUUUCAUUACAUUCACCUUUCUGUUCCACUUGUGCCUCAAAAUGGCAAAGUUUAUGUUUGACUGUGAGUUAUAUCUUAAAAGAACUCUAGAUAAAUCAAGCCAAACUUCAACUUCAACUUCAACUUUAUUUAAUAAAAAUAUUGAUUACAACAGACUGGCCUGCAAAAUAGCAAUUGCUAAUCUAGGCGGACCAGUUAAAAGAAAAAUAAAGUGAAAGGAAGGAAACUAUUUUAGGUUACAAUAAAUAAUAUUUGUAUCAUAGUUUUAUUUUAAUAUUAAAUCUACUAAGGAAAGACCAAAAAGGAAUUGAUGGAAAAAAAAAAAAAAAAAAUACUUUUGUACAGAAAUCACUUAACUGUUAAUCAAACUUUUUCAACUAUUAAUGACGUCUCAUAUAGUCAACUUCUCUUUUUAAGAUAACGGAAAGCAAUCUGUGAAGCAUUUUGAUAACAGAAAGAUAUCGGAAUCCUCACAAAGUCUUUGGAACGAACACACAUGCCACUGAAAAGCCGCCAUGUUUGUUUUCAGUGAUUCACAGCGAUCAAAAUUGUGCACAGUUCCCACCAAACUGCCAAACAUCAUAUUUCUGACACCUCUUAUAAUUGUUAUCUAUCUAGUUUCCAGGCUCACAAUUUUGUUGCACAUCACUAUAAAAUUGUUAUAAUUUUUUCCGAAAAAAAGUCUUUCACAUUUUAUUGUCAAAAAAUGAGGUUCAGUUUUUGGGUUGCAGAAAUCAGUCCCCAUACAUGAAUUACCUACGUGUUUAUAACAGAACCGCUGUAAUGGCAUCUCAUCAAGCUAAUCGUGUAACGUUGUAUAUACAUGGUGUUGUUUGGAACUUGAGUAGGAUUUGCCUUUACAUUGUCCAAUCUCCACAACAAGUAGGACACAGUUUAUUUCUUUAUUAAUGUAGGUGAAAACUGGUCACAAAGUUGGGACCUGCUGAAGACGUUUUAGUCACAAAGGGAGAAAACUUAGUUGCAAAUGCGACCGAUACAGUCGUAAUGUCAAGCCCUGUUAUUGUCUUGAGAACUCCACAUACUGAAAAGUUGAAAGUAUGUAUUUUGGUGAAAGUGCAAAAUUUUCAACAUUUUUCAACAAAAUAUCCAUUAGAAAUCUUCUUAUUGUGCCCGCAGGGAUUUCGCCUAGAAGGCAAAAUUCUGAGGAGGCACUCGCUAGUAGCUCGCGCAUAUAAUAUUAAGGUCUUGCUCAGGUCUUAAACCCUUGACAUCUUAAUCCUUAGCAUUGUUAAACUGGGAGGCCAUCUAGGCACUGCAAUAUGUAUACACUAUGCCCCCUUAGGGAUGUUUUGAGGGAGAGACAUCUGCGAUUCAGCCCCAAAAUUGACAUGAAUCAGUGUUUACAUAAUUAGUCUAGUAGUCACUGGGAUCCAGAUGUAAAGUGGUUUGAGUUUAUCUUUCUUUUGGUGUGUUAUUGUAAACUUUUGAGUUCUUCUGCCAAGGAAUGGCAGCAAAACUCAAAUGCUUCUUGUACAUGAGUUAUGACUGUGUUUCUGUAGAUUCAAUCCAUCUACAUUUUGAUCUUUGUGACCUCAUGUCUUUUGUCUGUCAUUCAUAAACAAUAGCUCAAAGAAUUAAGUUACUGCAUUGACCAAUCAGCACUUAUGGGCCAGAUUCUGGCAACAAAUCUACAAGUGUAUUUCAUCAGUAUAGCAUUUUGGGGACUGAAAUGCAGUUUUUCGAUGUUUGAGAACCUGACCUCUAGCAGUGAGGUUUGAGGUGGAGAUGGCUGCAUUUUGUGGGCUACACAAAAUGUUCAAAAUAUUGCCCUAGCAGUUUUGUAAUUCUGAUUUUCAAUAUAAUAACUCAAGUCUUGAAAAUGUAUGCUGCAAAAAUUUCAAAUGGUUUUAUACAGUAGGACCUCGCCACUACUAUAGCAGUUUUGAUUUUUCAACCUCUAAAUAAUUAUAUAUUGAAGUCCUCAAUACAACAAACCAUAUUCCCUGCCCCAGUAAUAGUAAAGGAUAGUGAAAAAAACUCGAUAUAAAGAAUCCUGGUUAUAGCAAACAUAUUUUGCCAAACCCUUGACCAUUUAUUUACUCAAAGUUCCCCUGUACACAGGAAUUUGACAUGUUUUAGUUUUCAUUUGCUUUGAGGUUUUAAAAAUACAUUAUAUUUCCUGACUAGUUCAUUCCCUGUUAACUACCCUUGAGUUGUUUAUUGUACAUUAUUUGGAAAUCAUGUUUCCACAUUUGCUCCAGGUUCCAGCAGAACCAGCAGUCCAGCCUCAAGCUGAUGACACCUAUGCAGAUAUUGAGGACUCAGAAUCAGAAGAAGGUAUAAUGACCUAAGGACAAACCUAUGCUAGCCUGCAGUGUGGGCGUUUUCUUCAGACACAUGGAUGUUUUUGUUCCUGAAAGCACCAUGUUGAAACUUAAGGGUUGCUAUUUCUACUCUUCCCCAUCUUCCUCUGUCAUAAAAUCAAAGAUGGCAGCUACAACAAUACAUGUACGAAUAUAAACAAGCUUUCACCUACCUAAAAUACACCUUUUGCACUGCCCAUUUAAGUUUUCCAAGCUGCCAAUUGUACAGUUCUAUGCAUUUACUAUCAGAUUAAAAAACAAUUGUUCCUUUUAAAUCUCUAUGUGAAGUGUUCCUCUUCUUAAAUUCAAGCUGUGCAUAGCUAUUUGUUUUCAAGGACAGUAUAUUAGUCCCAUUUUACCGUAACCCACUAGUAUUUAAGGUGACGGUUGUCAAUCACAUUAAGUUCUUCUGUUUUUUAAUGACAAAUGGUCAUUCAUAUUUUUUAUGAGUUACAGCAGCUCACAGUGAUACUCACGCUGGCAUCACUCAUUGAUAUUAAUGUGCCAACCGCAAGGGCAUUGGGUCUUGAAACUAAAUAUUCUUUUUUUUUAUUUGUUACACAUUUAAUAACAAAAACAAUGUUUGAAAAUGAAGAAAUGAUCGUUGCAGUGAACGCAAUUUAUGCAAUUGCGUAAAGAAGCCUGUAAAAAAUUCAGGACUUUAACGGGGUUUGAACCCGUGACCUCGCGGUUACCGGUGCGAUGCUCCACCAACUGAGCUAUGAAGCCACUGACACUGGGAGCAGGUCAAUUAUUGUGGGUUCAUAUGUUCCCGUGAAAGAAAUGAGUGUUAAUGAUAUAUGAAAUAAAUCAUAUAUGAACUGCGGGAAUGAAAUGAAACAGUGUUUGUGAACAGUGAUUAUUGCUAUAAACACAAUCACUUUAUUUCUUACAUUAAAGUUACGACAUAUCUUUAAUUAUGAUCUUUGCUCAGAUGUGGAUGACUUUAUUGUGGACGAUGAAGGAAACCCUAUCAGGCAGGCCAAGAAGAAGAGGCGUCUUCAUGGAGCAGUGCAUGAUUCGUAAGUAUAUCACUGCAUCCUUUCUGAAUUGAUUUAAUGUAUAGAGCGAUAAAUUUAUUAAUAGUUUUUAUUAUAUAAACACCAAUGAAAUACCAGGUGAACUUUUGCACGAAAACAUGAUAUCUUCACACAUAUGAAAAUAUUACCGUUGCUAUGGCUACAUUAUAAAUUACGCCGUUCACCGGAAAAAACUGUUUCAGUGAAAUGGUUUGGUAUAACAUUGGUGUUUAAAUAAUAAAUAGAACAUUACAUGGCCGCUUGGAGAUAUGAAAUUUCUCUUCUCGUGUUGAAAAUAUUUCACUCGUUUGCUGUGCUCACUCGUGAAAUAUUUUUCAACACUCGCAGAGAAAUUUCGUAUCUCUGCAUGGGCAUGUAAUAUCCUCUAUUUAUUAUUUGGUAUGUGCAAAUUUCAAAACUCAGAGCAAAUUUCAGAGCAACAGUUUAAAGCAAAUUGAGUAUUUUGCUCAAAUCAUUUGAACUUCAUCAGUAAAAUGUAAAAUGUCAGGUUACGCAAUAGAAAGGUUGUUGCAUACUCCCAGGAGAGGAUUGUAAAUGGCUGGGAGUUCCAGUCUCUCAUCAUUAUUCAGAGAGGGUUUUCUUUGUUUGAUGUGAUGGCCUCCUUGAUGCAGCACUUGAUGGUGUGAGAAACGUACAAUGGUCCCAGAAACGUACAAUGAUCCGAAAUCUGUAUUAUUUCACUGCCUGCAUUGGGUGCUUUGAGAAUAGGUGCUCUCUUUGCUAUUAUCAAUGAUGAAGUAAUGAUAAUGGUUUAUCACAAAGGGUAUGAUGCAGUGUAUACUGUACUCUGUAGUAGUAGUAGUAGUAGUAGUAGUCGUAGUCAUAGUCAUAUCAUAGUGGUAGUGUUAGUGGUAGUAGUCGUAGUGGUAGUGGUGGUGGUAGUGGCAGUUGCAUUGCAGAGACAGUGCAAUAAUAUCUAUGUGACUAAUGAAAGUUUUUUUUUGCUAUGUUAGAGCCCUCAUGGAAGCGCAAGACAUCUUUGGUCUUGACUUUGAUUUUGACGAAUUUGAAAAGUAUGGAAGAGAUGACUUUUCGUCAGAAGAGGAUGAAGAUGAAUAUGAAGAGGAAGAUGGGGAAGACGGAACAUUAAGACAACAAAAGAAAAAAUCCACAAAAAAAUCGAUUUAUGAGGUGAGGUUUGCAAGGGCUUUCUUGGUAUUUAAAGAACAUUAUUUUAACGUCAACUUGUCCAAUAGAAAAAUGUAUUAUUAUUUUUGUUGUCCUCGGAGAAAGAUUUGAAAAAAACAAUUAGUUUUGAUUUUUUGUUUGGAAUGCGACUAACAAACUGAAACCUUUUAAUUUCUAACUUGCAUGUACAGACUGUAUUAUAAUUAUCAUCAACAAUACUAUUAUUGAAUUAGAUUGAGUAUGAUGAGAAGAAUUAUGCGGAUCAAGAAGAAUGUUAUUCACCGAGGCUGAAGCCGAGGUCGAUAACAGCCUCUGAGGUCUGCAUAAUUCUUCUCAUCAUACAAGAGCCAAAUUCAAUAAUUUGUUUUAUUGUUCAUUUAUAACAUUAACUUAACAACCUGAACUCCUUGUUAACUUUCUUAAUGUGUGACCGGGAAGACUGUCUAUACUUGAAAUAUCUUAGGAAUGUUCAUUGUGUUAUGACCAAUCACAGCAAAGAUCAGGAUAUGCAAACAAGCCACAAAACCACAAACUAAUUAACACUCUUGCUUAUGGUUCAGUUUUCUCAUUCCUGAUUGGCUUUUUUCUUGCAACACGAUAUCAUUCACGGUUUUCACGAUUUGACUGUAAACAUUGGCCUAUUUUUCGGCAUUAUUUUGGGAUACAAAAAAAUGUUUUUUCAUGCAGAUACUCCUCAAAAAGUAGAUAGCAUCUAUUGAGCAAUGUUUUGCACAUUUUUGCACUUUUCUGUUCAGUUUUAGCAAGAAAUUCAGCCAUUUUUUUUCAUUCCAAUCAGAAAUAAACAGGUAGGCUACUCGCUUACAAACAAGGUUUAUUGAUAGGUUAUUAUGCAAGAUCCCAUCAAAUCUAUGGUAUAUUGCUCGCAUCUUCCAAAUUUGGUAAGCACCAUCUGGUUAUGAAGAAUAACCCAGAGUAUUGGAGCCAAUCAGAACUGGUGAAAUAUUUUGAAUGAAUAAUAAUUGUUAUAAGAAACUUCUGUUAAGCUUAUCAAAGAUGUACACUGUAUCUUCUUGAAGAAUUUCAUUGACAGUGUUACAUCUUUGAUAAAUGCUGACAGCUUCGAUGAAGCCAUCUUUUCUUGAAAAACAUUUAACAAUUAUUAGAUCGAACAUUGAAAAAUAUUAUCAGCUUUCGCCCAUGGACACAAGUGAUCCACCCCCAAACCAGGGGGAGGGGCAUCUAAGACAUUAAGACUGGCUUUUAAUAUGUUUUGAUAAAGAUGGCUGACAGUCAUCGAAACAUUUAAAUGUUUUAAGAACAUUUAAAUCGACGUACACUGUAUCUGUGUACAAAGGCAAAGCAAGAAUGUCAGUUUGUCAUUUUGUCUUCAUAGGUGUUUGAACCAAGUGAGCUUGAGAAAGGAAUGUUGACCAGCAAAGACGGUGAAAUCAGAAAUGCUGAUGUGCCUGAAAGAUUUCAGGUCAGUUGUGAAAGCAACAACAGGUUAUUUGUAAAAGAUUUGAUAAUGACCAUGUUAUGAGUGUGGGAUAUAAAAAAAGUCAUGAGAUUCCCUGACAGGGUUAAAACCUAGGACAGGGCUUAAAAAAAAGUCCUGUCCCAGGGCUUGAAUUAAGAGCCAGGAGCUAUUAUGAAUGUGGCCCCUGGCUACUUGCAUAGGAAAAUAGGAGAAAAAUAGAACCAAAAGAAAUUCUUAGCUGUUUGAUUCCGUGUCUACUUAUUGUAUUUAUGCGGCAACUUAAGAUCUUAGUGACAUCCCUGUGUCCAGUAGUUUGGGACAAGUAGGUUUUCUUGCUGGGCAAGUAACUUUUAAAAAUUACUUGCCUGAGGGUUGAGCGUCUGGGCAAGUCAUCCUCUAACAAAGUCAUUAACUAAGAUAACCAACAAGCGACCCUUGGCAAGCAAAAUGCAAGAGCUGCUUGCCCAAAGGACAAGCUGGAAUUCAAGUUUUUUUUAUAACCCUGCUAUGAUUUCACAAACACUGAGCAGGUGCUCUAUACAGAGAGCAAGGUUGCACACUAGGUUCAUAUUAUUUUUAACGUGCAUCUUGCUGGAUAAGUAAUGCCAAAAGCAUACUGUCUAAAAUAAGGACUUCGUACUUUAUUUAUUAUAACAGCUUAUUAGGAAAAAAAAUGCACACCUAGGGUACAGGUGACAAAUCCAAAUUGGUAAAACAAUUAAUAACAGCACCAUGAACAUCUAGAGAUGGUCAUCACAAACUCUCAGAAUCUUAGGUUGUUUAAUUUGCUAAAGAAGCAACAGAUGAAUGAGUAAAGAAAAAGAAUUUUCUGAGAACUUUGUGGUUCCAAUGUUCAGAAUGUGAUUUCACUUGAUACUUUCAGAAGGCCAACCAUCUUCAAAGAUGAAACAAGUUCAUUUGAAUCAGCUUAUAAUUGUUUUUUUUUUCUUACAGGUGCGUGAUUUUUCUGUCAAAUCAACUGAAGAUGGGGAGCUUGACGAUGAGGCACAGUGGAUUUACCAACAUGCAUUUCUGGAAUUUCCGAUAUCACAACAGCAGGUGUGGCUUGUAACAGUACAUUAAGCAAGCAUGUAUUGGUUUGGCUAGCGUAAGUCAAGAAUAAUACAGUCAACGGCCAAGCAUAACUCCCAAGAUCACAUUAAUGAAUUUAUUAUAUAUGAAUGUUGAAUCCACUGGUAGUUGUAGAUUUCAGAUACAUCUCUGCAUUCCUGCAUGUGUAAUAAGCAGUGAAUAAUAAUGCUUAACCUUGUAUGACUGGGUUCCAUUUCUGCCUUUGCCACUCUUCAGUAAAAUCUUUAAUAGUCUGCUACACAGCCGUUCUUUGUGUCAUCACUAGCCAGGAUGAUUGGAGAACUGUGGAAUCAAGGCAGUGCUCUGUCAACGGCUGGUGGCCCCUGGUGCAUAACUUUUUAUCCCGGGUGACUAGAAAAUCUUAGUAAUCAUAGAAGUGAUAUGUUAGGCGCUGUGGAUUUCACAGGUUUACAGCAGUGGCUUAGAGUACAGUAUUGAAAAUCCUUGAUUAACAGGAAUUUUCUUGGAUUUUUAAGAGAGUGACCAACAUCAAUUUUAAAGAAAAGUUUAAUGAGGGUAAAUAAAAUGAUCACCUGAGGGAAAAAUGCUUUGAUCUUUUAACAAAUUCUCUCAACUGAUUCUGUAAGGAAAUGUAUAGAGAUCAGUUUGGAGAAUUUGUAUGUGGACCUUGGGGCUUAGAAGCUUAUUGAUGACUGUUCUUCACUCUAGGAUAUUCUGGACAGUGAUACCCACUCUCGCACCAAAGCACCCAAACCAUACUCUGCUGUCAGCAAGAUUAAAGAAGCUUUAAACCUGAUGAGAAAUCACCUGUUUGAGGUUUGUUUAUGUUUUGUUACUAUUUUCUAUCUACCAGCUAAAGCUGCAAAUAACUUUGAGGCAUUGAACAAUGUCCUACCACAGGUAGACCACCCUCUUUUCCUGAACAGAGGGUGGUCUUCCUGUGGUCCUACGAAAAAUUUCCCUAUGUCGGAUGUGAGACAAAAUCUCUAGAUUUGGGGCAGUGUGCAGCUCUUACAAGGCAGGCCUCAUAAGGUUGCCUGAGAAAACAAUGAAACAAACUUAAAUAACAAUGGACCCUAUCCUAAGAGCAAAGGUGCUGCGUGCUAUUGAAGUUCCAGUAAAAUAAGGGCUAGAUUCCCUAUGUUCUAGAAAAUACUGAGGUUGACACUUUCUUAUUCUGUAAAGUGCAUUGUGAGCAAAUUUAAAUUUGCUGUUUUACAUCAAUUUUUUGUGUGUGUCAAUUCCCUGUUUCCUCAGUCUAGGCUAAAAUCUUCAACCACUUGAUCAGUUUCCUGGAAAAUGAUUCUUUAUUCUAGAUCCAAGCUUUCCGAUCUUUUUACCCUAUCCCUGUAUAAACGGCUUGAAAAACCAUUCAUCUGUACCCUUUGCAAUGGCACAUACGUAUAUAGCCCAUAAUUGAAAUGGCAGUACCCCCACCCUUCCUAGGAAUUAAUACGUGCCAGAUUUUGCCUUCUGUGGAUUUAGCAUCACCAACAAUCACUUUUGCAGGUUCCAUUUAUAGCCAACUACAGAAAAGAGUACAUUGAGCCUGAACUUAACACAGAGGACUUGUGGAAAGUCUGGGAAUGGGAUGAAAAGGUGAGAUAUCUCAGUUUAUACCUUUUAGAGAUGCUUACACAAUUUACCGCUGGAUACCAGCAGUCUACUGUCUCCCACCCUCCAAUAUUCCUUUUCUGACAUUCAAAUACUUUGAUACGUGAAAUGCCAUCAACACCAUUUUUUUUUCACUGCUUGCAUGUUCCUCAACACUCCAGAUGAAAGUUUUCCUACAUGAGUGAAGUCUCCUAAAGGCUCAACAAACAAACAAAAUUAAGAUAAAUUUUAAGAAUGGGGGAGAACUUGAUGAUUAUUAUUUGGUUACUUAGUGGUGUCAGCUGCGCACUCGCAAGGAGAACCUCCAUCGCCUGUUCCAAGAAAUGCAGGAUUAUCAGUUCAACAAGAUCCAGGAAAGUGGAGAUAAACCUCUUGAUGAUGAUACAAGGAUUCUACAGCCUGAGGAUAUUGAGAGGUAAUAAAAAUAUAUAGAGGAUAUUACACAGUGGCGUGAAGAUAUGAUUUUUAUUUUUGAGUGGUGAAAAAAUAUUUUACAAAUGAGUGCAGCAAGUGAGUAAAAUAUUGUUUUUGCCACAAGAAAAUAAAAUUCAUAUCUUCAAGCCGCCGUGUAACGUUCUUUUUAUUAUAUAGACAAAAAGACAUUGAUAACAUAAUAGAUUUUUAUUCGCCAAAAAGAAAGAGGCCUACAAAUUUUGAGGGGAAAUUACCGAAAUUACGUCAUCGAUAAACUCACGUGUGAGAUUAUUGAAAAUAAACCACUCGGGUCCCGGAUGUAGUUUUUAUGAAUUUUACGAGUGUUAUAUUUUCCGAUAAAACACUUGUGUCUAUAUAAUAAAAAUAAAUAAAUAAAUGAAUAAAAUAUUGAUUUGAAGGUUGUGUAUCUACCUAGUGUUCUUUGUCUACCAAUAAUUAAAUAAAUGAGCUAAAAUAAUGAUUUGGAGUUAGCACAUCCACACAGCAUAAUAGUCAUCAAAAACUCUUGAGAAAUAUGCCAAGGGAAUAGUCCAGUUUUGAAUUUUGUCAUGGCUGCUGAAUAAAAGCACCAAAGACUUAUUUGUACAGGGUCAGCCUCAGCCCAAUGUAAAAUAUUCACAAGUACUGGCUGUGGCAAGAAGGCACCUGAAUUUGGGUUUAAGACAAAAAGUUGUACACAGGUAUUCUUAGGUCGUGGCUAACCCUGUAUAAAUGUGUCUUCAGUGCUUCUAUUCAGCGGCCACAACAAAUUCAGAACUGAAGUACAGCGAAACCCCGCCUUACAGCCACCUCAGUAAUACAGUCACCUCGUUGUUAUGGCCACUUUUUUUGUCCGCCCUGCGAAACGGCCAUACAUGUUCUUGCAAAUAACCACCAUUAAUUACGGUCACCCUUUAAUACGGCCAAAUUUUUUGGCCCAUUGGUGACCGUAUUAACGUGGUUCCACUGUAUUGAAAAACUUUGUCAAGUUGACAGUAGGGCAAUCUGUAUUGAAAUAAGUUCAAGAAGUACAUAUAAUCAUCACUCACUUUCUUUGUCAGGUUGGAUGGAGUAGAGACAAUCGAGGAGCUCAAAGAUGUGUACAGUCACUUCAUGCUGUACUACAGAAAUGAUAUUCCUGCCAUGUGGGAAGCCAAGAGGAAAAAGAAACAAUCUGAAAAUGAGGAAGCUGAAGGGGAAUCCAAGCCAACUCCACCCAAACAUAAAAUGCCAGCCAAACGUGAUCUGUAUACCAUAUGCAGACAAGCAGGUGAAACACACAACAGGCUUUUGACUGCGCUGGAUUUUAGAUAGAUCUUUUCAAAACAAAGAGAUCUCAAAAUUUCAAGACAUUUUAUUUCAACAUUGCCACAUUAAAAACAAACAAAAAAAAAAACAGAGGAAAAAAAUUCAGACAGGAGUGUUGUUAUAAUUUUGUUGUCUAAAUUUUAGAUACAGUCAAACUCCAUUGACUCCAACUCUAUUUUCAGCUGAGUUAUACCACAGUUUUUGUCACCUCCAAGGGCUAAAUCUCUCCUACUUGUAAGCACACUGAAUCCCUGCCCCACCUCCACGGGAUCUCUAAAGUUUUACCACCACCUUUAUUUUCUUGUCAGUUCUAUUUUAAGAAAAUUCUCUCACUCUCCAACCAAAUCAUGGUAAGAUAUGUAGUCAUUCCAAUUUUUAAGUCCGUGGAUGAAAUCCUUUGGUGUUACCAUUCAAACAGAACUCUUUGUGAGGACUUUUGCCUUCUAAUGUUUCUUUUUUAGGAUUUAAACCAAGAAAUUUGAAAGAAUAACUUAAUAAUUGUUAUAAUUUUUUGAAAGUACUCACUUAGGGGUGAGAGGGUUGAUAUUGAUAUUUAUCGUAUUCCUCUUUUCAUAGUUUCACACUAUUAUUUCAGGUGUGAGUGGAUUGGCGAGAAAGUUUGGCUUGACACCAGACCAGUUAGGAGAGAACUUGCGUGACAACUACCAACGACAUGAAACGGAGCAACAUCCUGUUGAACCAGAUGAAACAGCUGAAAAUUACCUUAGUAGGUGAGAAGACAUUCCAUUUUGCCUCAAAUCAAGACCUUAGAACUACAUGUGCAGGUCGUUUUACGAAUAAUUUGUUCAUUUUUACUAGAGGAAUGAACUUUCGAGAGUUACUGAUAGCUGUAUGAGUAAUAUUGUUUAUUUCUUUAUUUAGAUUAACCUAACCAGAAACGAUACUUAUAACAGCUACAAUGUACAUAAAAUUAUUAGGCAGGGAGACCACUACAGCCUAGCCAAUUACCACAUUAAAAAUAAUAAUAAUAAUAAUAAUAAUAAUAAUAAUAAUAAUAAUAUGAAAUGUAUAACUAAUGACUAAAGCCACUAAUAGAUAAACAAGGAAAAAUACAAAAAUGGCAAAAAAUUCAGCAGGAGUGCAAGUGCAGGAGAGUCCUCACUAUAUUGCACCUCUGACCUGGGACAGAUUGUUCUCCAGGUUCUGAUGUCGUCAGCGUCCUACAGAUGUAGAGCCUCAUUAUAGUAUUGGAGUAGUAAACAUUUAAAAGAAGCUAGAGAAAUGGGAUUUGUGCGUAACUCACGGGGCAGGACGUUCCAUUUGCAGCACACGUACAUGUAUGAAAAAUGAGCGUUGAUAAGUAACAGUUCUACUUUGCUUAGGGAUAGAAGUAACAGCAUUGCUGCUCAGUGACUUGGUGGAUCUGGUUAAUUGUCUAGUAACAGGCAGAGCUUCACUAUCUAUGAAAACUAGGUUAAUUUUGGUCUUCUUCCACAUUUUGCCUUCCCCUCACCUUAAAUCCUCAAUCCUCUUUAUUGCUGAUGGAACAUUUGUCCACCGUAAAUGCUUGCCAUCUGACUCCAUUUUGAGCAAUGAGUUUUGCCUUAUGCCAAGUAUUAAAGUCCUUGACCCUCAGGGUCUAACAUCCUUGCAUGCCUCCACAUUUGUCAGGGACUCCCUGUCUGACCCUUACCCUGUGGCUUCCAUUCAAGGACUGUUUUAGCCACAUGUCCAUCAUUCUGGUCACCUCUGUGUGGACAGUCCAUCUACCUUAAAUAACAAGUCAUUCUAAAAAUGAAACAAAUAAGAGGUAAUUCAGUCAUGUAGGCCAUGUCCAAUUAUUUGUCGUAAGGGUGAAGUCUGGUAUGAUGGCUACCAUUCAUAUGUAAACAGAACUCAUUAUCACAUAGUGGUUCUCCUUAUGACCUGAUUUUGAAGAAAAGGGAUUUUAGAGCUUAUAUAUGUAAGCAGCUGGUGAUUUGUCCAAAUAGUUUCAUAUUGACUGCAGAAUUCGUUAUUUUCCUUAUAGCACUUUCUCAACUGUCAAUCAAGUUCUGGAAGCUGCUCGGCAUAUGGUGGCUAUGCAGAUUGCAAGAGAUCCGUUGGUUCGUCAGUGUGUUAGGCAGACGUUCUAUGAGAGAGCCAAACUAAAGAUUAAACCUACUAAGAAAGGAAAGAAGGUAAACAAAGUUGGCAGUAGCUUUCAAACACUUUAGGGAUUUUGUUUUGAUAAUUUUUUAUUUCAACUUUAAGGCAUAAAAAGUAACAAAUUAAAACCAUGACAUUUCAGGGACCACAUUUGUUUGUUUUCUUUAUCAAGCGGUGAUAACGAUGCCUUUUUUUAUUUUAUUAGGAAAUUGAUGAAUCUCACUCGUGCAGCACUUUUAAGUAUAUUAAAAACAAGCCUGUUAAAGACUUAAAAGGUGAUCAGUUUCUGCGCAUGUGUAAGGCAGAGGAAGAUGGUCUACUGACAAUUUCAAUUGGAAUCGACCUGGACAAGAGUGCAGGGUAUAAUAAUAAUAAUAAAUGAUAAUGAUGAUGAUGAUGAUUAUGAUGAUGAUUUAGAGGUAGGACAUCCACAAAGUGGUUCUUUGUCUACCUGACUCCUGGUCAAAUUGGAAUUUGGAAAUGUUGGGUUUUGAAAAGAGGGGAAAACCGGAUUACCUGGAGAAAAACUUCUUGGAGCAAAGGAGAGAACCAACAACAAACUCUAUGCACAUAAUUAUGGCAUCAACGCCAGGAUUUGAACCCAGGCCCCGUUGGUGGGGGGCAAGUGCUCUCACCACUGUGCCAUCCCUUGCUCCCCAUAUUUUGAGGCAGAAAUCUUUAAUUCUUAGUACAGUCAAACUUCCCAUAAGCAACAACCCAAAAUGUGAAGAUUUAGUGGUUGGCUAUAGGAGGUGGUCACUUAGGAGAACCAAACUACAGGAAUGUCUUCUGAGAAAAGGUUCCUGAGACAUCUACUGUUUGGUAAAGAAUUUAUUACUUUCAGUUGGUAAGCUACAAUAUCUGUAGUCCCAUGUUUUUUCAGUGUCUAAGUUACAAUAAUAUAUCUGUAGUUCCAUGUUGUCAGUAAAAGCUCUUUGCACACUCUUAGUCAACCCUCCAAGUUGCGACCAUUUUGGUCGCCAUGGCGCCUAAAAUGUUGCAGCUGGUGCCUUGAUUUGUAAAAAAGUCUCCCUAAACCAAAAGAGUUGGUUGCCAAAUGGCGACCAAGCAAAAACUUUAUCUUGGAGGGUUGUUAAUGGCAUUUAUGAUAGUACAUGCUUCCAAAAAAGAGGAGAGAGAGAGAGAGAGAGAAAGAGAGAUCAGAACAUGUGUCUAUUGAUCCCCUACAAGAGGUUAAACACAAUAGAAAAUUAUAAAACUGUCAGCUCAAAAAGUGCAUGGUCGUGUUCCUUUAUGAGUGGUUCCAACUUACAGGGCUUUGACUGGGAAAAUUUUGGUGCUGUGGAUAGAUGGUCAUUCAUGGGAGGUGGUCGCUUAUAAGAGGAGGUUGACUGUAGUAACAAUAAUUAUGCUUAUUUCUUGAAGAAAUGAGCAUUAUUUUAUUUAUAUUUUAUUUUGUCUUAAAAAAGACACUUGCUAUUGCUUAUAUGUGUUUUCAGAUAUCAGACUUACUUUGAUGAAGUAAAGCAACUUUAUUACAGGGUGAGUGGCAAGAACGUGUUCUGCUCAAUAGCCAUUGUGUUCUAUUAUCAGGUUACGGCUGUGGUUCUUCUAUACACAGCAUUAAAUCGUAGUCACGUCUUCUUUUAGACUUCAUCUUAACUAUCAAACAUUGUUGUUGAACAUCUUGUUUGUCAAACACAACAUGGGAUACCGGUGGAUAAACAAGAGAAAGCGUUUGACCAUACAUUGAACAACGUGAGCCCAUUUUUAUUAUUAUAAACACCAAUGAAAUACCAGGUGCCGGAGCUUUCGCGUGAAAACUUGAUGUCUUCACAUGUGAAAAUUUCACCGUUGCUAUAGCUUCAUAAUAAAUCGCGCCUUUCACACCAAAAAACUAUUAAAGUGAAAUGGUUUGGUAUUUCAUUGUAGUUUACAUAAUAAAUAGAACAUUACAUGGCUGCUUAUAGAUACGAAAUUUCUCUUCUCGUGUUGAAAAAUAUUUCAGUCCUUGUUCGCUGCGCUCACUCGUGAAAUAUUUUUUCAACGCGAGAAGAGAAAUUUCGUAUCUCCACGCGGCCAUGGAAUGUCCUCUAUGUAAUAGUGUGCAUUACAAUCAGGAAAUUGUCAUUAAAAUGUUUGUCCUCAUUUUUCAGGAUGAAUUUAGUCAUCUGGUGCAAGAGUGGAACACUCAGAGGAUGAAUGCUUUGUCGCGGGCCUUUAACCAGAUGCUUUAUCCACUAUUUGAGAAGGAACUUAAGCUAAAACUUUUAGAGGAAGCCAAGAAUUUUGUGGUUAAGGUGAGUUUGUCCCUGUUUGGAGCAGACAGUGAGAGAUCAGGAGUGCUUACCAUUUACACAAGCCAUGAGGGUGGAAAUCUUGUGUAUAGACAUAAAACUAUGGUAUAUAAUUUGAUGUUUUAGAAUGACCUGUGACAAAGUAUAUCCAAAUUAGCUGAACAGACUGAAAUGAGUAGAGAAAUUGCAUCAUCUCAAAUCACAGCAUUUUCUGAAGCUUUCCAAACAAGAUGGCGUAAACCAUUUGAUUUUCCAACCGGAGUUUCCAGUUUUCCCAUUUUCUCUAGUUGCCCGCAAUAAUACGCUCUGGGCUUUCAAAACCGGGAAAAAGUUGUCUGAUUGCUGUUUUUUUUUUUGCUUUAAUGUUACCAGUCAUGCUGCCGCAAGCUGAGGUCAUGGAUUGAAGUUGCUCCGUAUCAACCUGAGCAGCAGGUAGAUGAACAAGACUUUGAUGACAGAACAAACUCUGAUGGGCUGCGGGUGCUGUCAUGUUCCAUCUCACCCAACCCUGAUACCCCUGCCUUCUUGGCCAUGUUAGAUGGCGGAGGACAGGUGACCGACUACCUCAGACUGAAAUAUUUGCUGAACAGGAGAAAUGCGACAAGAGCCAAGGAACGUGAAGAUAAGGUUAGCCAUCUCCUUUGUUUUGGUUGUUGAUGUUCUAAUAGUGGCCAAACAAAAAAAAAAUUAUAUUUCUUUUUGUUAAAUGAUGAGAAAUAAAAUUUUAAUAGUAUUAUGCAUAAGUUCUGGAAGGGAGGUUUCAUUUAAAUGGUAGCAUCAUAACUUUUAAUAAAUUUUUUUUGAAAGUCUUGCCCUUUUCUUUUAUUACAUGUACUUUGACCGUCUUUGAAAAAAAUGUGAGAUGUUGCUAAUAAUUCUGCACCCGUAAAUAUCAAGGAGGUUUUACUAGGAUUUCUGAUGUGCACUCAUAUUCUUCCCCAUCUUUGCUCUACAGUGACUUUUUACUAGACACUCAAGACUCAGAAACUUACCAAAAUAUAAUACUUUUGGCUUCUGAUAAAACAAAGGGAUUACUGAUUACUGUCUUAUGCUACCUGCAAGCAGACGCAACAACUCCCAACAUUGUUGGCAGACAAUAUUGGGAGUUGUUGUGUCUGUUUGUAGUAGCUAAAAGUUUGACCGGUUUCAAACGUUGUGCAACAACACGCACAGCAUGCAACAGGGUGUGCAAAUGGACGCAACAUGUAACAUCCAACGAUUUUGGGAGUUGUUGGCCAAUAAAGUUGCAUUCGUUUGCACGGGGCUUAAAAGUUACAGAAAUCAGCAAUCAAUUAAAAUAAAAUUAGCUCAGGAACUCUGUCUAGUCAAAAUAUAAACCUACAUAAUGUGGUUUAUGAGUGACAGUCUGUGGUCGUGAGAGCAAGGAAUUCAGGUAACGAAAAGAAAUAACUUCUACAAAAUGAUAAUUUAUGUGAUGAAGAUUUUUCGCUCCUACACCUAAAUAUUCGUAGUCUGCAACGUAAUCUAAACAGCCUUUCUAUUCUUUUGACAUGCUUGAAUAUUAAGUUCUCUUUAAUUGGCGUUUCUGAGACUUGGCUAAACGAUUAUUCCCAUUCAGUAGACAUAGAUGGUUUCAAUUUUAUCCACAAACAUCGCCCAAAUAGAACUGGUGGUGGUGUUGGAUUAUAUAUUUCUGACAAUCUCGAUUUUAAAAUUCGCGCUGACUUGAGUUUUGACGAUAUUGAUGUUGCAGAAUCUUUUCUUAUUGAAAUAUCAAGACCCCAUGGGAAAAAUAUUAUUGGUGGUGUUAUUUACAGGCCACCUAAUCAGAGAGUUGGUGACUUUGUGUCAAAACACAAUGAUCUGUUAGCGAAAAUCUCUAGAGAGAACAAAAUAUGUUUUAUUAUGGGUGAUUUCAAUUUGAAUUUAAUUAACUUUCAACAUCACCAAAACACUGGCGAAUUCUUGAUGACUUGCACUCGUAUAUGUUUUUUGCCAUGAUAACACGUCCCACCCGAAUAACUUCUCACACCGCAACAUUGCUAGAUAACAUUUUCGCAAACACAUUGUUUGAUCACUCGAGAAGUGGUUUAUUGACUACCGAUAUCUCUGAUCACUUACCUGUUUUUCGAUUCAUUCAAAUAAUGGCUCUUCCAACAGCCACGCUCGUGACCCAGUGGUCAUUCGAAACAAUAAUAAAGAAAACUUAGCGAGUUUUCUCGAAACGCUAAAAGAAAUUAGCUGGUCCUCCCUUGAUGGUUAUCGUGACCCCAAAAACGCGUAUAAUAGCUUUAUAAAGAAGUAUUCUGAAAGUUAUAAUGUGUCCUUCCCUGUCAAAAAAUUAACUAGAAAACAGUCCCGUUUAAAUAAGCCGUUGCUAUCCAAUGCGCUUAUUAAGUGUAUAAAGAAGAAAAAUAGGCUUUAUAAAAAAUAUCUGCGAAAUCCAACAAUGGAUCGUCAAUCAAUUUACAAAAGUUAUAAAAACAAAUUAAAUCAUUCUCUGCGGACAGCAAAACGUCUAUACUACGAGAAGAAAUUGAAUGACGUUCAAUCUAAUACUUGUGCUACUUGGAAAGUUUUAAAUGAAAUUCUAAACAGAAGCAAAAGAAAUUCCAAUAGAUGCUCAACAUCUAAGGUGGCUCGACUGGAUUUUUUGGGGUUGAUACCUCCCAACUUUGAGCAUUAACUACGUCGGCAUGAGUAAAGAUAUGGAAAAAAGGUUACCACAACUGUAUUAUAUAAAGAUGAAAAUUUCUUAUGAUCUGGGUUUUAUUGCAAUCGGAGUCACCAUGGCAACGUAAUGACGCCAUUACGUUUUUCAUUUAUCUUUGUGUUUCUCUGUUCCAGGAGUUUUUUUGAAGAAAUCGCUUUAGGGAGUAUGUACCUGCUAUAAUUGCCUCCAUUAUGGCAAAGUUUGAACAAAUUCUAUGAGAGCGUUUUCGAAAUAUUUUGAAAUGUAGUUUUAAGAAUAAUAAAAACAGCGAAAUAGCAUGCUACCUACGCAAUUCGCUAAUAUUUUAAGAAAAUGAUAAGCUUUGGGAACGAUUCUUCAUCUCAUAGUGGUUUGAUUCCAUUGAAAACUGCCUACGAAAAAAGAGGGGAAUUGCUCUGGGCGAUCGCGAGUAAGAAGAAUUUUAUUAACUUGCAUUUAGCUGCUUUUUAUACAGUUUUUGGACGUAAUUUGGUUCAUGCCUAAUAAUUUCGUAUUUUUCCAAAAACCGCUCGAUAAAUUUUUCUAUAAAUUCGACAAUCCCGAGAUCAAUCGUCAAGAAAUAUUCCCUGCAAGUUUUAAGAACAUUGAAAACAGGGAAGGCUUUUAAAUAGGGCCUCAAAUAUAGCCAAUUUUCCCCCCAGAUUUUGUGUUUACAAGUGAGCGUCCUCAUUAUUCACUAGCAUUGUUUUCAAGUUUCAUAUACACGUGCACAUUUAGCAAAAAGAUAGAAUUUGCAUCAAAAAGGACCCUCGGUUAAAUCUCCGGGAUAUGCUAAUUACUGGGUAAAGAGAUUAAUGAUACAUUAUAACAUCAGAGCAACUCUUUGUGAGAGUUUCUGUGAUGUUAUAACCCGAGGAAGAUAAUUAAGUAUUCCAUCCUACACGAUGAGCCGUGACGUUCACGUUCACCGUUUCGGCUCUCACUGCUAUCUGUGACGACAAGCCAAUUAUUAGCAUAUUCCGGAUAUUUCUUCGGAAAGUAAUUGAGAGUUCUUUUUGAUGCAAAUUUAUAUCUUUUGCUAGUUGUGCAUGUGCAUAUGAAACUUGAAAACAAUGCCAGUGAAUAAUGAGGACGCUCACUUGUGAACACAAAAUCUGGGGGGAAAAUUGGUUAUAUUUGAGGCCCUAUUUAAAAGCCUUCCCUAUUUUCAAUGUUCUUGAAACUUGCAGGGAAUAUUUCUUGACGAUUGAUCUCGGGAUUGUCGAAUUUAUAAAAAAGUUUAUCGAGCGGUUUUGGGAAAAAUGCGAAAUAUUUAGGCGUGGACCAAAUUACGUCCAAAAACUGUAUCAAAAGCAGCUGAAUGCAAGUUAAUAAAAUUCUUCUUACUCGCGAUCGCCCGGAGCAAUUCCCCUCUUUUUUUGUAUGCAGUUUUCAGUGGAAUCAAACCACUAUGAGAUGAAGCCUUGUUCCCAAAGCUUAUCACUUUCUUAAAAUAUUAGCGAAUUGUGUGGCUAGCAUGCUAUUUCACUGUUUCUAUUAUUCUUAAAACUACAUUUCAAAAUAUUUCGAAAACGCUCUCAUAGAAUUUGUUCAAACUAUGCCAUAAUGGAGGCAAUUAUUGCAGGUACAUACUCCCUUAAGUGAUUUCUUCAAAAAGCUCCUGGAAAAAGGAGACACAAAGAUAAAUGAAAAACGUAAUGGCGUCAUUACGUUGCCAUGGCGACUCCGAUUGCAAUAAAACCCAGAUCAUAAGAAAUUUUCAUCUUUAUAUAAUACAGUUGUGGUAACCUUUUUUCCAUAUCUUUACUCAUGCCGACGUAGUUAAUUCUCAAAGUUGGGAGGUACAAACACCAAAAAAUCCAGUCGAGCCACCUUAAAGCUGAUGGUCGUGAAAUUACUGAUCCUGUCGAAAUUGCCAACAAGUUUUGUAGUUAUUUUUUGUAGUUAUUUUUCAAGCAUCGGUCCUAAUUUAGCAAGGGGUAUACAGUUGUCAGCCUCACACCGUAGUUUUCUUAAUGGUUUCUUUACACAGUCAAUAUUCUUCAACCCUACAACUCAAGAUGAGAUCGCUGAGAUUGCGAAAACUUUUCUUUCAGGCAAAGCAGCUGGCUACGACCAGAUUCCAAUGAGAGUCAUUAAGGAGUCCAUUCUACUUGUUUCUGAACCACUCACCCAUAUCAUAAACUUGUCAAUCCAGCAUGGUAUUGUUCCCGAUGAAAUGAAAAUCGCUCUCGUGAUACCUAUUUUUAAAUCUGAUGAUCAGUCGCUUUUCACCAACUACCGACCUAUCUCGGUGCUUCCCAGCUUUUCAAAAUUCUUUGAAAGAGUUAUCUACAAUCGUUUAAUGCAAUAUCUGAUGAACGUCAACAUCCUCUGUAGUAACCAAUACGGCUUCAGGAAAAAUCAUUCCACUGCACUCGCGCUAAUCGACUUGCAUGAUACGAUCUCCACGGCCUUUGACUGAGGUGAAUUUUCCGUAGGUAUUUUUCUUGACCUCUCAAAAGCCUUUGACACUGUAAAUCAUAUCAUCCUUUUUGAUAAACUCGAACAUUACGGUAUUCGUGGCUUAGCGCUGGACUGGAUAAGAAGUUACUUUUCAAACAGAAAGCAAUAUGUUGAAUAUAAUGGCCACCGUUCGUUAAGAAAUGAAAUCUCUUGUGGGGUCCCUCAUGGUUCUAUCCUCGGACCUCUAUUUUUCUUACUGUAUAUUAACGACAUCAACAACGCUUCUAAUCUAUUAAAUCUGAUAUUGUUCGCUGACGAUAUCAAUGUAUUCAUGUCAUAUAAAGAUCUGAACUACCUCUCAGAUAUGUUAAACUUGGAGAUGGACAAACUGUCAACCUGGUUUGAAGCAAACAAGCUUUCUCUAAAUCUUAAAAAGACUAAAUUUAUGGUCUUUAAACCAAGACAAAAGCGUUCAAUUUGUAGUAUUCAAAUAAGUAUAGAUAAUCAAAAUAUUGUUAAAGUAAAGGAGACAAAUUUUCUAGGCGUAAUUUUGGAUGAAAACCUAAAUUGGAAGUCGGAAAUAUCGCACGUUGCAAGUAAAGUUGCGAAGUCAAUCGGUAUAAUAUCAAGAUGCAGCUUCUUUCUUCCUAAAUCGUCUUUACGUAUGCUCUACUAUUCCUUGAUUUAUAAUUAUUUUUACUACCGCAAUAUCGUUUGGGCUUCGACCUAUAAAACCAAUCUCCGCCGCCUUGUUAUCCUGCAAAAGCGCAUUAUUAGAAUUAUUAAUAAAUCACAUUUCAAUGCUCAUACUGACCCCAUCUUUAAGGACCUCGGUAUACUAAAAUUUAAUGAUAUCCAUUUGCUUCAACUGGGCCAAUUUAUGUAUUCUUGCAAAAAUUCAUUCUUACCUCCAAAGUUUAAUAACAAUUUCUCUCACAGCAAUCAAUUCCACUCUUACAAUACAAGAAAUUCCCAGGCUUACCGUCUACCGUAUUGUCGUACAAACACGACGAAGUUCUCGCCCGUUUUUCAAGGGCCUAAGUUUUUUAAUUCACUUGACAACAAGGUCAUCAACUCUCAAUCCCUCUCCUCUUUUAAGAAAAAACUGAAGAUUAAAUUAUUGAGUAAGUAUGAAAACAGUUUAUAAAUCUUUCCAUCUUCGACUUUUCGCCUUCUUUUCUUCAAUUGAUGUGAAACAGCUCUAGCUCAUAGUUCGAGGAGGCCUAACCUCUCAUAAGUUCCUAUAGUUUCUGUUAGGUCUCCUCGCCACUUCUUUUUUCUUCUUUUCCCAUAUUUUUUGUAAUUAUUGUGUGGCAAAUAAAAUAAAAUAAAAUAAAAAUAAAUGAAAUUUGGAAAUGCUGUUGCGUUUUAUUCCUUACUUUAACCAGUUUUCGUAGUGAAAGGGUUUAAAAAUUAAUGCGAUCGUACUCUGUUUUCAUAGGAAAAGGAUAUGGCAACUUUGAAACAGUUCAUCCUGAAGAAGCGCCCACAGGUUGUGGUUGUUGCAGCUGAAUGUCGUGAGGCACUCUCUGUUGUAGAUGACAUGAAGAUGUGCAUUGCAGAACUGGAACAAGAGAAUCAGAUUCCAACCAUCUCUGUUGAGGCGCUUGAUGGAGAAGUGGCUCGCAUUUUCACGUCCUCUCCCCGAUCCGAAGUAAGUUACAUGGAAUAGUACUGUUGUUUUGUUUUCCUUUUCUAUUUGAAAUUUCACACUGAAAUGGAGGAACGUUGCAAUAAACAGAGAAUGAUGGCAAAUUUCACGCUCGGGUAAGAAACGAGAAAUGAUGUGAUCAACAUGUCACGAGCAUGGGACUGGACAUUUUGGGCUGAAAAUUUUGGUCGUAAUGAGUGACCUCUCUAUCGUAGUUCAUUUGAACUGUAGAAUUAUCUGAAUCUUAAGGAUACAUAUAAACAACAUGCUUCUUAAUAUUCAUUACAUGUUUCCAAAGAGCAUUAAUAGUUUGAUGCUGCUGCUUUGGAAAUACUGUAGACACACUGUAUAAAAUAAUUGUCUUGUUUCUGCAUUAUCGUAAAAACAUAUAAUAUAUAGUACUACUUUACAUACCAUUGUCAUGUAUUAUUUGUUUUUGCUAUACCUUCGGAGAUAGGAGCCUUAGUCUUAUGCUAUCUUUGGAAUGCGAAGUGAGAUAAAGAUUUUGAUUUGAUUUGAAAUAUAUCAUAAGAAGUAAUCGAAGAACUGAACAAAGGUUCCAGUCAGAACAAUGUGUUCUGAAAAAUUCAAAAUAAAAUGUAUUAUUGGAAUUAAGAUCUCAAAGAAGGAUACAUUGUAAUCAAACAACUACUUAGUGUUCAUUGUUCUUUCACUUUGAACUAGUAUCUACCAAUGUACAAAAGUUGGAAAACACGUUGUGUGACAUAAGAACCAAGAUAUGAUUGUUGCUAGUACUCAUUUCUCCAAAGUUUAGCUACCAUAAACUUGAGCUAGCGAGUUUGAAGUUCAUUCCACAAUGAGUUAGUUUACUCCAAAAGUAGGGACUAUUGAAGUUCAUUCCACUAGUUUACAAGUGACUUGAAUGUUCUCUAGGGGAGGCCCCCCCCCCCCCAUUUUUAGACCAAAUCGGCCGAUAAUUUUUUUUUGGAGACCAGCUUAAGCUUCCUUUUAGCUGAAUAGCGUGUUUCCCCAGUAACGAUCGCAGAAUUCUUUGUGAGAGCUAACUUGACCCAUAAUCCUUCUCGUUUUUUUAAGUGGCGGAUUGGCAGCAGAGUAAAGCAAAACAAAAUACAUUUGAUUAAAUUUAUCUUUUAAGACUUAUUUUUCAUGAUUCUUAUUUCCAGAAUGAGUUUCUUGAGUACCCAUCCCUGCUACGUCAUGCUGUGUCACUUGGCCGAAGAAUUCAAGAUCCUCUCUCUGAAUUUGCUGCCUUGUGUGUUGAGGAAGAUGAGCUCCUUUGUUUAAGGCUGCAUCCUUUGCAGGUAUGACCGGGACCGCCAGAUGACAAAUGUAGGAUAGACAUUGUAUGUUUUAUUAUCAGUCUGAUUUUAGGUUGAAGAUCACUUCAGGUGCUAACUGAAAAUUGUUAAAUGAUCUGUAGUUUUCAUGUUGAGAGUGCUGUGUGUAAAUUAAGAAAUCUUUUACCAAGGUUGGGGCGCAGGUUUGAGACCUUAACAUGUUUCUUUUAGUACAGUGUGUGUUGUGGUUUUAUUUUUUAAUCACACGUUCGUACAAAUCAUCAUCAUCAUCAUCAUCAUCAACAACAACAACAAUUUAUUUGACUUAUUGAAAUAUUUACCAGACUGUUACAACUUUGUUUUGACAAGGAUUUCCUGAUACCUCGAGAAAAGGGACCAUUAGGCUUAUGGGAGCUGUCCUUUAAACCUUGGGAUAAACUGUACUUUGUCCCCAGUUUUGCUUUUCCUUGUUCCCUUUUUGCUGUUUUGUAUUUCUUUGGUGUUCUACAGUUUAAAGUAUUGUUUUAAUGCGUCGGUCAAUUGUGAUACAGUAGACUGUAUUAGACUGUAUCACAUUCCCCUAUUAUUCCUUUAGAUCGCCUCGAUCGGGCAGCUACCUUGGUUUCAAAUGUACAAAGUCUACUAAGGGGGCGGGGGACGGUUUGGGAGGAGGCGAGAAACCCCGGGGCACGCCCCCCUGCUCCCCCCGGUACAUUUGAAAGCAAGACGACUGGUAAGCGCUUGAUUCCGAUGAUCUUUCUGAAAAAUAGGGGACUGUGAACAUUCUAAUUGCAUGACGGUUGAUUAGUGCUGAAAUGAGCUAACAUUGCGUGACCUUCCUCUUUGAAUAAGCAGCAAGACAUGAUUAGAGUUUGGUUAUUCUGGGAAACUUCCCACCCCUCCCUUAACCCAGUGUUAACACUACCUCUUACCUGAGAGAAAAUGCUGGGUUAAGGGAGGGGUAGGUGGGCAUUUCCUAAGAAACGUGUGGUCUUUGUUUUAGGACCACGUACCCAAGGAGCGUCUCAUCAAGUGCCUUCAUGAGGAAUUCGUGACAGUGGUAAAUGAAGUAGGCGUUGACCCAAAUCGCUUACUGGAGCAUCCCCACACAGUGGCUCUGCUACAGUUUGUUUGUGGACUGGGACCAAGAAAGGCCACUUCUCUAUUGAAGGUACAUUCUUUUACCAAAGUUACUGUGAAUUGGGUGUUACCAGUGGCAGAUCCAGAGGAGGGGUCCGGGUCCCCCUUUAUUUUUAGACCAAACAUAGACCUGCAGGGUCGAAGAAAAUUUUUUUUGAGACCGGUGCCCUCCUUAUCUCAAUGUGUGGAUGACCGCCCCUUCCUACCCAACCCCCUCGCAAAAUUUACGGAUGUUCUGUCAAAAGGCCACUUACUCUUACGCCCAAGAUUUCCUGGAAGGCAACGCUGAAUGAAAGUCUCGUUCUUUAUCUUGAAAAGUACAUAAAAUCAAAAAGCACCCCAUAAAGGAGUACUGAAGGGGAAAAGUUAAGGUUUAUCGACUGAGUUGAUUGCGUCCAUUUACUUCUGUAAUAGAAUAGAAAAGAUGGCAUUUCAAGCAGAACUAAAUAAUCAACUCGUGCAACUACUGAAGAGGUUUCAUUUGACUGGUUAAUCAACAGGAUUUUAUUGCCAGACUCCAAAGUUAGAACUACAUACUAAAUGAAUGGUACCAUGUGAAAGUACUGCUGAAGAGGUUUCAUUUGAAUGGUAACACCAUAGGAUUUUAUCCACAGACUCUAAAGUUAGGACUACAUACUAAAUAAAAUAAUAGUACCAUGUGAAUGUACUGCUGAAGAGGUUUCAUUUGAAUGGUAACGCCAUAGGAUUUCAUCCACAGACUCCAAAGUAAGGAUUACAUGUCGUCAUAUUAGUGGCCCCCAAGUAAAAUGAUGUAAUGGUGUUGUGGGGAUGAAAGUUGCCUUCAGGUUAAACCUUAGGCAGAUUGGGUUUCUUUGUUACGGAUAGUAUAGAGGUCAGAAGCCUCCUAGAAAAGUUCAAAACGUUGUAGUUGACAGGUUAGUUAAUAGUUUUUGCUGUGGAGUUUGUUUUGAGAAUCACUUUUUAACCUUUUUUUUUUCAGAGCUUAAGGCAGCAGUGUACCAGGUUGGAGAAUCGCUCGCAGCUGGUGACCGUGUGUGGACUGGGCCCUCAGGUUUUUCUAAACUGUGCGGGAUUCAUUAAGAUUGACACAGCAGCCAUCAGCGACACAACUACAAACUACAUAGAAGUGCUUGAUGGGUCUAGAGUACAUCCUGAAACAUAUGAGUGGGCCAAGAAAAUGGCCGUUGACGCGCUCGAGUAUGACGAGGUAACGAAAUUAGCCUGCGUGGAAGUUGCGGGGGAACUGCUGGGAAUUAAGGCGCGCGAGGAAGGAGGAAGGAGGAAAUUCCCUUCCUUACUUACUUCCUUCCUUCCUUCCUUCCUUCCUUCCUUCCUUGCGCGCCUAUCGCGUUCUUGCGCGAUGGCUGUUGACGCGCUUGAGUAUGAUGAGGCAACGAAACCAGCGUGACAGCAAUUUGAAGUUGAAAAAGGGGAAUUAAUGCGCGCGUCCCCUCCUUCCUCACGCGCGUUAAUUGCGUCUUCCCUUCUAAAGCCGGCCAUGCGGACUAUAAGUUGUAAAGCUAAACGAUAUCGAUAUCAGCGAAAACGCAAAAGCGCAAAUUGGCUUUUCGCGGACAGCGCUGUUUUGUAUGGUGUAUUCAAAGAUUGCAAUGAUGCAGAGUCAUUACAGCAAGACCUAAAUACACUUGUACACUGGGCAGACACAUGGCAAAUGUCGUUUAAUGCAAAGAAGUUUACCAUCCUUAGAGUCUCGUGCUCGAAAUCUCUAGUUGAAUAUUUGGAAGCUGUUGAUCGCCACAAGUACCUUGGAGAUGAGCUAUCCAGUGAUCUAAACUGGGAUGUUCAUAUUGCUGGAAUGAUAGGCAAAGCCAACCGAUCAGUUGGCUUUAAAAGAAGAAACCUAAAUAAGUGCCCAGAAAACGUAACAGAGCAAGCCUAUCUUGCUUUAGUUAGACCGUAGCCUAUCUUCUGCCGUGAUGGGAUAUUCCCUUUGCAGAUAACAUGAUUAGAAGUAGAAUUAGAGAAGCUUUAACUCAGCCAAUGACAGAGAUGUCGUUUUGAUAUUCUUAGCAGCUACAAUUGCAAGUGAAUUAUUAACAAGUUUGUUCUCUAUCUACAACGCAGGCCACAAUGGAUUCAAACCCUUCAGCAGCCUUGGAAGAAAUUCUUGAAGCUCCAGAUCGGCUAAGAGACUUAGAUCUCGAUGCUUUUGCAGAAGAGCUUGAACGACAAGGAUAUGGCAACAAGGGAUUGACAUUGUACGACAUUCGAGAUGAGCUGUUUGGUCAGUAUAGGGAGCGACGCCCCCCGUAUCGCUCUCUAUCAGUAGAGGAGCGCUUCAGAUUGUUGACAGGAGAAACGAACGACUCUCUUUAUGUUGGCAAACUGGUGGUGUGUAAUGUAACCGGGUUUGCGAACAGGAAGCCACCACGUGACGUUAUUGAUCAGGCCCAACCUGUCAGAAAUGACGAGACUGGCCAAUGGCAGUGUCCUUUCUGUCUGCAGGAUACCUUCCCCGACAUAAGCGAGGUAUGAACUCCACCCUGGUAGAAUUAAGUGUUCCCCCUGCGAAAAAAAAAAAUUAAGUACAGUAAAAAGAAAUUGUCAGGAAUGACAAGACUGGCCAAUGGCCAGUACCCCUUCUGUCUACCGAACACUUUCCACGAUCAAAUCGAGGUAGGAACUCCACCCUGAUAUAAUUUAGUGCACCCCCAAGCUGUGUCUACAGGACACCUUCCCUGAUCUAAGUGAGGUAAAAUCUCCACUGUGGUGGAAUUUAGUUCGAAGCAACCCCCCAUCCCACCCCCAGUAUAACCACAUUUCUGAGUGCCAGUUUAUAGAGCGUUUUGUCAUGACGUCACAUCCGCCAUGUUGGUGUCCCAAACCAAUCGUAUUGAAUUUACAAAGCUGCUGUCCACGCGAGUGACUUUCUUUGGGUCUCCUACUGGAGACGAAAAGGACCGCCAUUUUCUGUGGUCAUCCGAACCACGCGAUGGUCUAGGCAUUUACAGGGAAAAGGCAGCACCUUUAUUUCUCAGCUUUUUUAAGGUGAUGUUACACGAGACGAUUCGCAACGACGAUUUUUAGCACGACAUAGAGUUGCAACGUUUGUGCUACAUUGUUUUGAACAGUUACUACGUUGUUCCAACAUUGCAACGCUGUGUUGCGCUAAAAAUCGUCAUUGCGAAUCGUCCCAUGUAACAUCACCUUUAAGACCCUGACUAUUGGUCCUGUCCCAGGAAUCAAACCCGUGACCUUUCAUUCUGCAGUCAGUCAAGCUCUCUACACACUGAACUAAUCCUGCCACGUCCAACUUGUGGAAGGUUGGCUCCGUGUGGCUUUGAGAAAUCUUGCAGAAUUGUAAAUUUUGGACUGAGUAUAAACUUGAGUGUUUCUUUUUGUGUACGUGUAGGUGUGGACACAUCUUGAUAAUGGAAGCUGUGCUGGGCAGGCGAUUGGGGUGCGCACAAGAAUGGAGAAUGGUCUGUCAGGAUUUAUCGCUACUAAGAUGAUAAGCGAUAAGCAUAUAACUACCCCUCAUGAAAGAGUCAAGGUAACCUCAGUCACGUGAUUGCCUAGAAGCAAUUCUUGAAUAAGAAGAGUAUUGAAAUUUAUUCUGUGAGCAAGCUCUCCAUUUCGAGUGGUGAGAGAACGUGCGUGCGAGCGAGCGGCGCAGCCACGAGGGUCUAGCUCUCGCGUCUCCUUUUGCGUGGUGCUCUUGCGUGACCUCUGGCGGUAUCCCCCAAAGCUUCCUCGCAGUUUAUCUAAUUACACAUGUCCACUGUUUCGCCUGAUUUUGUUCUUUGGAACUCGAUCUGAGAACGUGCUAGAGUCACGGAACCUUAUUUUCUUGAACGAAUUCAUGGCUCAUGAGAAAUGCGACCCACACAGUCAGACACAAAGAAAAAACUCGUCCCGUAACUCACACUCAAUCUCCAACUCCUUUAGUAAGAAGUAUUGAACUUGUUAUUAUAUUCCUGAAUCCGCUCACGGGCAAGAUGAAGCGAGUCCUGCCAUCUGAUUGGCUACCGAGCCCAUCUUGUUACCUCGGGAUUUCCCGCUUUAGUCCCGCAGGAUAAAGUUCUCCUUAUGGCCAUAUAAUAAAUCCUUCAUUGACCAAGCGUGAGGUCAACAUGUCUGGUUAUUGGCCUCGUUCUUUUUGGCUUGGUCAAUAACUCAUAUAUCAUACCUAUAACAAGUAUAGAUGCCAAGACACCACUUGCUUCAUGUUACAGACACAUUGUUAAGAUAUUUUUGUAAUUUCAGGUGGGCAUGACUCUGCAUUGCCGAGUGACGCGCAUAAACAUGGAGCGGCUACAACUUGAUCUGACCUGUCGUUCGUCUGACCUGGCCGAUAAAGAAGGAAAAUACAGGUACCUUGAUCACAUGUAACCAUUAAUGAAUAUUACAGAACAUACGCUUUGGUUUCCACUGUCGCGUAAUUUUUCCGUGCGAACGUGCGUAAAUGAAACAGAAUGUAUGAAAGGCCACACGUAAACGUAAGAGUUGAACGAGGUUCAACCUUUACGUAAACGUGUAACCUUCCAUACAAUAUCUCUAUUUUAUUAACGCGCGUACGCACGGAAAAAUUACGCGACAGUGGAAAUCAGCUCUAAAGGAAGCCUGUUCCAGCGUUAAGAUUUUUUUGGUGGGGGGGCUGGCGUUGGUGCGCGGAGUGAAGAGGGGAGCAAGGAAAGAAUCUGCCCCCCAACCCGUGCUCUUGGCUUGCUUAUUUCCGAUGCCUCUAAGAUCUCUAAUCUCCUAUAACAGGCUAAUAUAGCUGUCAAAAGGUUAGCAAAAGUGUUAUUAAAGGUUAAGUGUUAUUAGUCUUAGACAAUUUCUCUCUGCCAAUGUCAGAUAAAGUGUGUGGGAGAAUAUGUAUUUUGAUAUUAGAACUGUGAGGAUGAAAGUAAAUGGAUUUUUUAAUAAUGAUUUGUAUGAAAAGUAGUAUUCAUCGUGGUAUGUGUGUAACGGGUUCGUUUAUGUGUGUAACGGGUUCGUUUUGUGUAUAUCGUUUGUCUCAUGAUAGUCACCUGCGUGGUUAUUGAUCGCGACCUUUCGAUGGCGUGCUCCAGGCCUUUAUCAGGCGGUAGUGUCGAUUUACUAAGUGGGACUAUUAGCACCAGCGAAGUUGCUAGCGAUUGAUGUAUCACGAACCACCAACUUUUAUGUAGUUAUAGAUUUUACUUUAGGUAACCAUGGGCUUUGAUAUGGGUCUUCUUUCUAGGUCUCUGUAACUUAUAAAGGGAUCUGCAGUUAUUAUAGUAUAUGAUAUUGAUUAUUUUUUCUGCUCAGUCCUCUUAAAGAUUUGUAUUAUGAUCACGAUUCUGCUGAUGCUGAUAAAAAGGAAGAUGAAGCGGCUAAAAAGAAAGCAAACAGACCAAGUGAGUACACACCUCCACUGACAGACCUGAUAACUUGCUCUUUUCUGUCCUUACGUGUGUAAUAGACCUUACUCACGAUACCCGCCAUGUUUGCACGCGGUCAAGGACUGAUGGGAUAAAGGCAAUCAGUCCGGAAUAUCCCUAAAUUUAAGGACAGGGCCAACUGGUCACCCGACACUUUUCAACCAAUGAGAAGGCGCGCUUGUGUUUAUCAACAAACAAAUCAAAACAUCGCCCCAGUGCUCAAAAAUUUUCAAAACAACGGACGGAGUCGACGGACAGAAUUAAAGAUGAGCUUACAGUACUCGUCUAGGUUUCACAUUUAAUAUUUCAAAGAAAACAUUUUAUGUAAGAGAAUAAGAGCAUUAUUCAUUGUAAGGAAUCAUUGGGGUGUUUGAACUGAACCGGACUGAGCGCAGAGGUCGUAGCUUCACUGGCAUGGCUUGCAAGAUUUUUGAUAGAAGCAAACUGGUCUCGUGUAAAAAUAGCCUUACAGAGAGUGUGAAAAUUUGUUGAGAUCAUACAAAACAGGAUCGGUACUACCUAUUAGCUUCUACAGGACAAGAAUCAAAGAACCAGUCAUCAUAACAAGAAUAAAAAGUAGUUCAAAUUUAUUAAUUUUUUUCUUGUUUGUUUUCUGGUGUUGUUUCGUGUUAACUUUACGCGUCUGGUGCUUUCCUUGCUUGCUGUAGUACCUGAAAUGUUUUAAUUUUAUCCCAGAUUUAGUGCAUGUUCAAUGAGUUGCGAAAUACAUCAUUUACACUUGAAAUUUGCCUUCUUUCUUUGAUUGUUUUUUAACGGGGAUGAACAUUUGGAGAAUCCAGCGACAUUAAAUCUUUCCAGAUUUGGUGAAUUUCAGAAACAAAGCGGUUAGUAUCUACCUUGCGCUUAUGAUCUUCAAUUUCAUCCCCGCAAAUUCGGCAAAGUGAGGCGAGAUGUAGGACGUGAAUAUUCAUAAGACUGAUAAAGUUGUUUUGGCCUUGAAAAGAAAAAAGGCAAAGGCUCGUACUAAUGCGAAAAAACGUAAUAACACGGCUCUGUGACAGAAACCCGGGAAUGGAAAACGUACGUGUUUUUUACCUCGGAAUUCAAAACUGGUCUACCAAAAUUCUAGGUUGUCUACCAUCCCCACAUUCAACAUGAUAAAAGUUAAUCGAUAUGACAAUCGAGGAAAAAUAUCUAGAACUUCGUAAAAAAAAUCUGUGAAUCGAAAAAAUAAUAGAUACUUGAUCACCUACCUUGAAAACCGACCAAAAUCUCGCCCAUACAUCGCGUUGUUUAAAGAAGAAUUAAGCCACAAAAUGUGCUGAAUAUUUCACGAGACACUUCCAAUAUGGCUUCCGAUACGCUGUCCACUUAAAAAAAUUGUGUAUGCCUCAUGAAAAGUCUUAAAAAUAUGCCUGAGAGCCUCGAAACGAUGACUGAUUCUGACCAACUCCGUCCGCUGUUGUUUUGAUCACUGCGGCGAUGUUUUGAUUUGUUUGUUGAUAAACGCAAACGCGCCUUCUCAUUGGUUAAAAAGUGUCGCGUGACCAGUUGGCCCUGUCCUUAAAUUUAGGGAUAUUCCGGACUGGUCACAUGGUUUCUCAUGGGGCAAACAAGUGAAAAAAAUGGCCAAUGGAAGAAAUCGCGGUUGAGUUUGUUUAUUCUAAACAACAGGAAGUGAAGACCUUUUCAUCUUAAAGAUGGCAACCAGUAAUGACGUAAAUCUUGCCAUAACUUGAUACCAUGAAAUCGUCGUCUCGUUUUGAUAGUAUAAACAAACUCGAUCGCGAGAAAACUCGAACGCCACUUUCUUAAUUCGUAAGUUUGCUGAAAUGAAUGAGUACAGAUCUUUCGGCUUUUCCUGUUUGCUUUCCUCUAUCACCAUGGUCGUUUUUUGGGGCAGCUCGCCAAAACAAUGUUGUGUGCAGGCAAAUGAAUAAAGAGUUCGUUGAAGUGAUCAUGCUUGUUGGUCAUUAUGCAUUAGUUUCCUCUGCUUUUACUCGAAGUUAACUCUGUCCUGCUAUUACAAUCUUGCUAUUUAGAAUACGUGAAGCGUGUGAUUGUACACCCGGCAUUUAAGAACAUUUCAUUCAAGGAAGCCGAGAGACUCUUAGCUGAAAUGGACCAAGGAGAAUGUAUUGUGAGACCCAGCAGCAAGGUAACCAUGACAAUCAGUCAGUGAUAUGUAACGAUUUCCAUGCACGUUCACGGGGGACCACACAGUUUUUCCCGCUUGUGUCGCUAUUGCGUUGGACUGUCUAGAGGCUGAGUCACAACGCUCUAAUGGGCGCAGCCACAAACCGAACAUCUAGGCCAGGGCCUGUUGUUACCCUGUUUAACAUUGCAAAUUGAUGAGCUUGGGAACUGAUGCCUUAAGAGGUAGCGGGGUAGGGCUAAAUAUAACCUAGAGAUAGCACGGAUUUAUCCAUAGCAACCCCACAUGCGAGAACCACACAAGCCACUCUCCGGUGUUUCGAGAGCCGAAGGUUCCCGACAGCGGGGUCACAUGGAACUUUCGACACAAAUUCCCCCCUUUUGUUACCCUGUUAUCAUUCAACGUCACAUCCUGUUCAUGUUUUAUUAACAUCAAUUAACUUAAACAUCGACAUGUGGGAAACUAUAGAAUAACUAAGCAACGGCCUCUUGCUUAGCUUGUGCACACCAAUUUCCCUUCCCUUUUGUACCUUUUGCUAAACGCGGUGAAUAACACUCAAAUACACUUCAAUUGAAGAGACUUUCUUAGUGGUGUAAAGUGGAAACCGCAGUAUUAGCUGGUUAUGACAGGGUCUUGCUAUCAUUUAUCCAAUAUGCUUGUCUCUCUUUCCAUCAGGGCGCCGAUCACCUGACCGUCACGUGGAAGGUCGAUGAAGGAGUUUACCAGCAUGUGGAUGUGCGAGAGGAAGGCAAAGAGAACGCUUUUAGCCUUGGUCGGUCACUUUGGAUUGACAGUGAGGUGUGUAUGGGAAAUCCUUCUGAUAUGUCUGUAAAGGCUCUUUCAUUUAUUUGAUUUGAUUGCUGUGUAUAUUACGAGCCUCUCACGCAGAGGUUCUUAGGAUUUCGUCGCGCGUCCCUUCCCGUAGGACGGAUUGCGGACGAGCAAAAAUAACGUUUGUUUGGGACUUAAUGUUCAUAUAUAGUCUAACAUGCUGCAACAGUAAGUGAAAAGUGCGCAGUGCUUAAGAAAUUACUAUUGGCCAUUUUGAGGUUGCGCCACCGCGUGGAACUGGGUCGAUAUUGUGUCGAAAUGCACUCUGGGACUGUUUAGGGGCGCUAUCAUUUCUUUAUUGGCUACUAUAAGGUUGCGAAGAGGCUGGGGCUAAGGCUGUGUUCACACUGUACUGGAUAGCGUUUGCGCUUACGCGAAAACCAUACGAAAUAGGGCUUCUGUUAACACUUAGGAACUGUGAUUUCUGCAAAGUCGCGAAGCUGCUUCGCUCCGCGCCGAUGAGACACAUCGAGAUAGGUGUUCAUACUAUACGGACACGAAAAGCAACUAAGCUAGUAUGAAAAUAGCGUAAAUUGUUCCCCCUGAAAAAGUCACACAGUGUUGUUUGAUCCAACACAGACCCAGAUUUACACGGUGCCUAAAAAUAGCCAAUAAAAUUGACUCUAGUUCACUGCUGUAAAUUUAGAAUAUUGUAAUUUGCUUUGUAGGAAUUUGAAGAUCUUGAUGAGAUCAUCGCGCGGUUCAUUCAGCCCAUGGCGUCGUUUGUUCGAGAAGUUCUCAACCACAAAAACUACCGCGCCGUGGACGGCGUCAAAGCCAAGCUGGAAGAGUUGCUUGUUGCGGAGAAACGGAAACACCCGCAAAGAAUUCCUUACUUCAUGAGUACUACAAAAGACUUCCCUGGGAAGUUUUUCUUGGGGUAUCUUCCUCGUAUUAAGACCCGUGUAGAGUACGUCAGUGUGACACCGGAUGGGUUCCGAUAUCGGGGCAGAGCACAUGCUACUUUAAAUGGUUUGUUCCGGUGGUUUAAGGAACACUUCAGAGACCCUAUACCAGGUAGGCGUUAAUUUUAGUCCUAGAAUUGGCUGAACCCACAUGCAGGACCUCCUGUCAAAACGUUAUAGUUGGAACUUCUCGUUAACUACUUCCUCUAGUAAGCGACCGCAACAAAUUUUGUUGUGACGUUUUUACGGUUUUCCAUUGUUUUGACGGUCUUUUAAGCGACGAAUUGCUACUUAGAGUAUACGAAUAAAUUCUGUCGAAAAGACCCUCUCUACAGUUGUUCGACUCCAGUAAGCGACCACUAAAUCUUGGUGCUCACUUUCGGGAGGUUUAGAUUGUAUAUCAAGUGUUCUCUCGAUUAUCGAGACUGUGGUGCCGCCAAAAUUUUUGCGGGCGACAAGGGGGGCCCGCAAUCCUAAUCUCUAGGUUGUUAUUACGCAUGCGCCGCAUGUAUGUAGCCAGCAUUCGUUUGGACUUCCACUAAGAAUGAAUUGAAUGUACACAAAGCAAUCUGAUCGCGCGCGUUUUGACCUUCUGCCCCUUGCAAUCUGAUCACGUGCGUUUUGACUAUCUGUCACGGGAAACUUGCGCAGAGCACAGCGAUGGAGCAAAAGCGUUGGACCUUCGAUUGCUGUGGCCCGUUCUCCCUAACCUUUGGUUAUUACUAGUUACGUAUCAAGAAAAGCGACCUGAAUUCGAGAACAAUAGGUAUUGUUAUUGUUGUAUUGUUGGUAUUGUUGUAUUGUUAUCGAAGGUUUCCGAUUAUUUAAACAAAUUUCGGCUUGGUCUGGGCAGGUGUCACCUGGAACAAAGGGCCUGUUGUUUGAACGUUAAUUGGCAAAUUCAGGUCGGUACAAUGGGCCAUUUCUUGAUAAGCCUAAUUGACCUACAGGGGUCUGUGACACUCAAUCACCGACGGCAGAAACAUCGUUUUUCCCAGAUAUCUCGAGAGUGAAGUAUGAUUUAACCCCUUUAAUCCUAGACCAUGUUAUGGGGAGAAGAUCUAUCUCUCUAACGUUUAGAUAUGUGGACGAAGACCUAUGGUGUUACCAUGCAAAUGAAACUUCGCUGGCGGACGUUUUACGUUGUACUGUCAGUUUCGUCAAAUUUUACAAAUAGAAAUUUUGAUUUCUUUGAGAAUUUUUACCACUCUUAGAAGUUUAAGAGCUGUUGACGCUGCACGUGUACAGUGUCGAAUCUUCGCAAAAUUACUUCGUUUACCAUAGACAAAUAUACAUCCUUUAACAUGGAGUAACAAUAGGCUUUAUAUUAUUAUUUCCAGGUACUCCUCGUCAUCGUGGGAUGCCCAUGUCAGAGAGCAAUACCCCCUACACACCGGGGGGUACCCCAUCGAUCAACACCGACGUUGACCCCUCCCGACUGUUACCCCAACUUCAACAGCACUUCCCUCGGGGAAUCAAUGAUCCUAAAGUGUACUCAGCUCUUGCGGCGGUUGCUAGGCAACAACAGCAUGAAACGCAAGCGAAGGCAACGCCUACUCAGCUUACCCCUGCACAGUGGGGCGCGGUCGCUGCCCAGCACAUACAGCGGCAAAACAAACAGCGCAGUCAACUCCAACAAACGCCGACGCAGCAGACACCUUCAAACCAAACUCCAAGUCAACAGGGAUACCAACAAUAUCCACAGUACGGGUACUAUCAGCAACAUCAGGAUCAAUCGCAAACUCCUACUCCUACCUAUGGUUACCAGCAAACGUAUUCAGGACGCAAGUCAACUCCAAAAGAAGGCAGCAAGAGCCGGUCGUAAUCUCAGAGAUGUGCAGUUUUCUGAUUGGUGUGGAUUGAACAUAUCUGUCAAAAUAUGUUUUCAUUGUGCUGUCGGCGAAACAAUUUAAGAUUUUCACAGGCCGCUAGAAAAUGUGAUAAUGGCUGGAGAAAACAAUUACACAAAGUUUUAUUUAUAUCAGUUUUACUGCUAGUUGGACUCAACCGACCAACAUAAAGCAGAAAUAUACAAAAUAAGUGAUAUGACUUAAGCACGUUGGUCAUUAGUCAGUCGUCUUAUUCCAUUCACUUGUGUUGCUCGGCUCCAAAUCUGCGUUCCAUAAAAUUACCAAAAGAAAAAAAAAUUAUAAAAAGAAAAGAAUACAACUAAAUAAAAAGACCACCAAAUGGAUUUCACACUGUUCUACUAGAAAAGAAUGCGUUCUUCGUUGGAAGUUUGUUUGCUUUAGUGUGUUUUUGUGUCUGCCUUAAACUCAGAUCAAAAGUCGAACUGGACAUAAAUCUAAUGCUACUACGCAAAAUCUAUUGUUUUUCGUGCAUUAUUGUUAAGUUCGACACAUGUUAAGUUGGUCGUUUGACCUGGAACUUACAGUAAAAACCCGCAUAUAAGAAGAACCCCUGAUUUUCAACCGAUAAUAGGUUUAAAAGGUUAUUCGUUAGAAUAGAGUGGCCUGUGAUUCUAUAUACUGCGUAUUUUGGCCAAAUUUCAGCCCAAAUGUUCUUAAUCUGCUGCUUCUUAGGUUUUUUUACUCUAUCCUGUCUCAUCUAAGGUCACUUGAAAAAAGUAGUUUUACUGUGAGAAAAGUGUUCUGAAUGACUAAGUGUUUCUGAUUUGGGUUUAAACACUGUGGCAAAACAGGCUGAUCCGCUUUGUAGGAUAAAUUAACACUACAAUACUAUAGAUUUUUUUUUCGUCAGGACUUAAAGAGAAACCAAAAGUUUUUACUUAUGUCUCAAGUUACCUGCGUAGCUGAUGGUUUUGUCGGGUGGAGUAAAGAGUGAAGGAGCGUCAAAACCACAAGGAGAAUGGGGCGGGAACAACGAGAAACGUUUUUAUUUCACCCCUCAUUUGCACGCGUGGUUUCAUCGCUUAUUUGCGCGCUCGCGUGACAAAAGCGCCCGCUACGCAGGCAGUGCCUCUAGUGAAAUCAGGCCAUACAGUUUGCGAUCUCUCUAAGCGUAAGACGUUUGUUCUGUGGUCGUGAAUGUUAACAGUGUCCUUUAUGUACUAUUUUUGUAACAUAGUAGCUAUCAUAUUGGUAAACGAUUUUGUAACUAUGAAAUCUC